AUGGCGGUUCAACAGUUGACACGUACGACGAAAAUGCCCUUGGGUCAAAUUGGCCCGCUCGGCGCUUUACGUUUCCAAGGUACAGUGGAUGCAGGUUUCCGGGAUACAGCGAACGCCGUUCCAUCAGGCACAGUGUCUACUGUAUCCCAGGGUACGGUAAACACCUUCUUUCGGUUUCAGAAGUCCGUUGAUACAACCCCUCGCUUGUGGUGCCGAUCCUGCAACAACCCCGCCACGGAGGCGUGCGUGGACGACGGAGGCCAUGCCGUCGUCACCUGCAAGAAGGCGAGGCUGGACGACGCGGGGCCGCUCCUGGAGGAGCUGGACCUCAGCGAGGCCGCCCUGGACCGAAUCGCGGAGCUGGUGUCCAUCCCCAAGAUUGAGGAGGCGGCCGAGGACCUGCGCCACCAGCUGCAGCGGACGAAGGCGUCUCUGCACGCGGCGAGGGAGCGCCUGCUGGCGGCGCGGGAGGCCGACGACGCGGCCUGGGGGCAGGCCAAGCAGGGCGCGGCGAUGGCCGGACUAUCCCGACUUGCCAACGACCUGGUGGCCGUCCUGAGCAACCCCUCCGCCUCGUGCACGUUGAGCCUGCGUUGCGGCGACGCGGCGUGGAGUGGCGACGUGAGGCCCGCCGAGGACGCUGCAGCCAGGCUGGUGUUGUGCCGACUGCUGUGCGGUCUGCAGCAGCGGGUGAAGCAAGAACCCGAAGAGUUGGUGUCGCCGCAACGGCAGCCACGUGGGCCUGGAGUGGAACAACAGGGAAGACACGUACCGCUGCAAGAGCCGCCGCAACAGGACAGACCCCAGCAGGAAUUUCAGGAGCCUCUGGAGAAACCACGGCAGCAGGAGGAGCCUCAUCAAGAAAAUCAGGUGCCUCUGGAGGAACCACGGCAACAGGAGAAGCCUCACCAAGCAAAUCAGGUGCCUCUGGAGAAACCAUGGCAACAGGAGGAGCCUCAUCAAGAAAAUCAGGUGCCUCUGGAGAAACCACGGCAACAAGAGAAGCCUCACCAAGAAAAUCAGGUGCCUCUGGAGAAACCACGGCAACAAGAGAAGCCUCAACAAGAAAAUCAGGUGCCUCUGGAGAAACCACGUCAGCAGGAGAAGCCUCACCAAGAAAAUCAGGUGCCUCUGGAGAAACCACGGCAACAGGAGGAGCCUCACCAAGAAAAUCAGGUGCCUCUGGAGAAACCACGGCAACGGGAGAAGCCUCACCAAGAAAAUCAGGUGCCUCUGGAAAAACCACGGCAACAAGAGAAGCCUCACCAAGAAAAUCAAGUGUCUCUUGAGAAACCACGGCAACAGGACAGAGCCCUAGAUCUGACUGGCAGUGAUGAUGUACGGAAUUUCAUUACGAAAGAGUCGCGCGGCAAGGACGGUGCUGCUCCUGGACCCACCACCGUCGCCCCCCAGCAGCAACCUAGCACUGCGCCCGUGAAGCGCAACCCCAACAAGUGCAAACGCCCGGCGUUAGAUCUGGACUCGCCCCGCUCCUCGGCUCGCAUCAGUCGCCGUGGACUGUCGCAGGCUCCGUCGGUGAGGUGUAUUCGUUACUACGGCCUGCACUGUGGCAAAAAGAUCACUCCCAAUGAAAUAUCGCUUGAGGAGAUGGCGUCCAGGAUAAAGGUAGGGUCAAGGGUGGCCAGAGGAAAGAACUGGGAGAGAACACGCGAGGUCGACGGCAAGCCUCCGGGGCCCGGUACCGUACUUGCCCGGAAGUACCGUUCCAGCAACGGACCUUUCGUGGAGGUCAAGUGGGACCGCGACCCUACGAAGAGUGUCCGGCGCUAUGCCAUGGAGCGGAGUGGGAACUCCAGCCUCCGACUGCUCUCUGCCACUCCGCUGGUGCGCAUACCUGCAAGUACACUGCUGCUCGGUCUAGCACGCAAAGAUAGGGAGCUUUAG